AUGGCUUCCUCGCUCAUCUCCAAGAGACUCGUCUCGUCCGAUGUGGACAAGAAUGUGGAGCCUAGUUGGAUUCGGCGCCAGGUCACCAAUGGGCUUGAAUGUAUCUCACGUCGUGCCUGUGUCCACCCGAUUCAUACAAUUGUUAUCAUUGCUCUACUCGCUAGCACCACCUAUGUCGGCCUGUUGGAAGGAAGCUUGUUGGAUACUACGCUGAACCCCCGUAACGUUGCCGGCCAGGUGGAUGUGAAUACCCUGCUCCGAGGAAGUAGAAGUCUGCGAUUGGGCGAGUCAACCGCCUGGAAGUGGCAGACUGGUGAUAAGUGGGCCGAGAUCACGGAGGUUGAGGAGCCUUCGGUUGAACACCUCGCCUUGACUACCUUUAUCUUCCCCGAUUCUAACUCCAAGUCUGAUCUGACUGCCCCGACCGCGGAUGAUGUACCAAUCCCUGCCAAUGUCUCUUCUUUCUCGGUUCCCUACACCCCCAACGUCUUCUCUCCAUUCUCCCACGACUCCGCUCUCGCAUACACCGUUCCAUUUGAUCAACUGCCUGAAUUCCUCAAGGCUGCGCAAGAAAUUCCCGACUCUUCCGCCGAGGAGCACGAGGAAGAGUCGAAAAAAUGGAUCAUGAGAGCUGCUCGCGGUGCGGGGUCUCGAACUGCCAUGAAGCUGUGGUUGGUAGAUGCGUGGACCUCGUUCGUGGACCUGAUCAAGCACGCGGAGACCAUUGAUAUUGUCAUCAUGACUCUCGGUUAUAUCUCCAUGCACUUGAGCUUUGUCUCCUUGUUCUUCUCCAUGCGCCGAUUGGGCUCGAACUUCUGGUUGGCCACCACCGUGCUGAUCUCUGGAUCCUUCGCUUUCCUGUUCGGUCUUUUGGUGACCUCCAAGCUCGGUGUCCCGAUUAAUCUUCUGUUGCUCUCUGAAGGUCUUCCUUUCCUAGUUGUGACCGUUGGUUUCGAGAAGCCCAUAAUGUUUACCCGUGCUGUUCUCAAUGCUUCAGUGGAAGCCCGUUCUCGCCCCGGUGCGGCCCCAGGUACAUCGGGUUCCAUCCAAGAAUCUAUUGCCAUUGCCAUCAAGCAGCAGGGUUUCGAGAUCGUCCAGCACUACUGCAUUGAGCUUGGUCUCUUGGCCAUGGGUGCUGCAUCUGGCGUGCAGGGUGGUCUCCAGCAGUUCUGCUUCUUGGCCGCUUGGGUUCUCUUCUUCGACGGUGUGCUUCUCUUCACCUUCUACACCACCAUUCUGUGCAUCAAGCUGGAGAUCACUCGUAUCAAGCGCCAUGUUGCCCUGCGCAAGGCCCUGGAAGAAGACGGCAUCACUUACAAUGUAGCGGAGAGUGUGGCUUCAAGCAAUGACUGGCCUAGCUCCAGCUCCGGAAGCAUUGAUGACACCAGCAUUUUUGGUCGUAAGAUCAAGUCAAGUAGCGUUCGCCGGUUCAAGAUCUUCAUGGUCGGUGGUUUGAUCUUGAUCAACAUUGUGAAUUUGUCUGCAAUCCCCUUCCGGAACACCGGCCAUGGUGCUCUCAUUACCCGUCUGUCUAAUGUUAUGUCUCCUACGCCUAUUGAUCCCUUCAAGGUCGCCGAAAAUGGAUUGGAUGCUAUCUACGUGGCUGCUAAGAGCCAGAAGCAAGAAACUAUUGUCACCAUUCUCCCCCCGAUCAAGUACAAGCUUGAAUAUCCGUCUGUUCAUUACUCAGAUGACGUGAGCAGUUCAUUCCACAUUGAAUACAGUGAACAGUUCCUCGACUCUGUUGGUGGCAAGGUUCUUGAUAGUUUGCUCAAGAGCGUGGAGGACCCCUUGAUCAGCAAAUGGAUCAUUGCCGUGCUUACUCUCAGUAUCAUUCUUAACGGUUAUCUUUUCAACGCUGCCCGCUGGAGUAUCAAGGAUCCUGAGACUGUCGUUGUCACCCCUACGGAGCCAGAGGCACCUAAGGUGUACCCCAAGUUUGAACCCAACGAGCAAGAGUCCACUCGUUCACCUGCGGAUUGCGAACUUAUGCUGAAGGAGAAGAAAGCUCCUCACUUGACCGAUGAGGAGUUGAUCGAUCUCUCGCUGCGCGGCAAGCUUCCUGGAUACGCCCUUGAGAAGUCCAUGGAGGAUGAGACCCUGAUGAGCCGCGUGGAUGCCUUCACUCGCGCGGUCAAGAUCCGCCGUGCUGUCGUUUCUCGUACCCCCAUUACUGAUACCACCCGUUCUCUGGAGGUCUCUAAGUUGCCUUAUCAGGAUUACAACUAUGGUCUCGUCCACGGUGCCUGCUGUGAAAAUGUUAUCGGAUAUCUCCCCCUUCCUCUCGGUGUUGCCGGCCCGUUGAAAAUCGACGGUAAGCACUACUUCAUCCCCAUGGCUACCACUGAAGGUGUCUUGGUCGCCAGUACCAGCCGUGGCUCUAAGGCUAUCAACGCGGGUGGUGGUGCCGUGACCGUCCUGACUGGUGAUGGUAUGACUCGUGGUCCCUGUGUGACUUUUCCCACCCUGGCUCGGGCUGCCGCUGCCAAGGUUUGGAUUGAUUCUGAAGAAGGCCGAAACAUUAUCACUGCUGCUUUCAACUCGACUAGUCGCUUCGCUCGUCUUCAGAGUUUGAAAACCGCGCUUGCCGGCACCUACCUCUACAUUCGCUUCAAGACUACUACUGGUGACGCUAUGGGUAUGAACAUGAUUUCCAAGGGCUGUGAGAAGGCCCUCGAUGUCAUGUCCAAGGAGUGUGGGUUCGAUGACAUGGAUAUCAUCUCGCUUUCCGGUAACUUCUGCACUGACAAGAAGUCCGCUGCUAUCAACUGGACCGAUGGCCGUGGUAAGUCUGUCGUGGCCGAGGCUAUUAUUCCUGGAGAUAUCGUCAAGAGUGUUUUGAAGAGUGACGUCGACGCCCUGGUCGAGCUGAAUGUCAGCAAGAACUUGAUCGGUAGUGCCAUGGCGGGAAGUUUGGGUGGAUUCAACGCCCACGCAUCCAACAUUGUCUCUGCCAUCUUCCUUGCUACCGGACAGGAUCCCGCUCAGAACGUGGAGAGCAGCAGCUGUAUCACUACCAUGAAGAAUAACAAUGGUAACCUCCAAAUUGCUGUUUCCAUGCCUUCUAUUGAAGUUGGUACUAUUGGUGGUGGUACCAUUCUCGAGGCUCAAUCUGCCAUGCUAGACCUGCUUGGAGUUCGGGGAGCCCACCAAACCACCCCCGGAGAGAACGCCCGCCAGCUGUCCCGUAUCAUUGCGGCCUCUGUUCUCGCUGGUGAGCUUAGCUUGUGUGCUGCCCUCGCCGCCGGCCACCUUGUCAAGGCCCACAUGGCCCACAACCGCAGUGCCGCUCCUACACGAUCCACGACACCUGUGUCGGCUGCCGUGGGUGCCACUCGCGUUCUCUCGAUGACUUCCAAAUAA